AUGAGAGUGCUCUGGCCAGAUCUUAGACCGGCCAGGGACUUCCCCAAAAGUUUUGAUGAAGCGAUAAUGCGCCAGAUCGACGAUACCAUGGCUAACUUCCUCGAGUUCGAUAGAUACCUCGCGCAUAUUAAAAAACGAAACAUCACGUUCAAUGACCGAGCAAUGGGUGCCUUUCAGCUGGUCAUGCAGUCGCAGCGCAAUGUUUCAACGGAUCGCAAAGUCUCAGGCAUUGAGUCCGAUUCCUCCAUCACCCAACGUUCUGCUCGGACACAGUACCAACAUGGUCCCUCUGCAGAAGGAACUAGCAGCUCCGCAAGCGCCAGCAGAACAAGCGAUACUGCAUCGGCCGCCAUAUCAGCGAGCGACACCCUAUCGGCCGGCGGUAUUUCAGCAGCUGCUGAUUCUGAUAUCCCAUUCAGACGGACCAAAGAUAAGCAGCUUGUAAAUGACCCUCUUUUGCUGUUCCUGCAGGCUCUGACGGUCCAUCUACCUGAUAUGCGAUGCGAAUGGUCCUCAAUUCGCUCUCCGUUCAUGAAGGCAUCAUUUGGGAAUAACACAAUGACUGCGCGCAUUGACGGGUGUCUAGUGGGAACUGAUACCGAUGACAUCUUCGCCAUUGCCGAGCUCAAGCCGAAGGUCCGAAACCGCAAUGCAUGGCCUGAGCUUUUGUGGCAAGAGGCCGCUGAGAUGGUUCCCUGGAUACUGCACGAUGAGGAGCAACCCCGAGAAACUCCCAUUGAACGACGCAUGCUUGUCUCGCAAGACAACCAUGAAAUCUGGUUGACUCUUGCCCAGUACGACAAAGAAUAUGCCCAGUACCUAAAACAAGAACCCCCAACUCCCACACGACAAGACCCUGGUCCUUCUCAAAGACCUUUGCACUUCAUGAGGAUGCGUGAAUAUGGUCCGUGGAAGAUUCAGGGUGCGAUUAAUAUGAGGGACUCGGCGAAAAUACUUGUUCGCUGGGCUUUCGAGGCCACAGACGUCAUUGACAGUUCUAAGCCUCGUGAUGCAUGA